GUGUACCCUUCCAUUUAAUGAAAUUUCCAUUUCCCCAUUCUCCACACAUUUACAUUUACUUGUAAUGUGUACCCAUACCAAAUCUCUUUCACCAUCUUAAUUUUGGACAAGAAUACUUACCAUCACCUUCCAUACAAAUUUCCAAGUCUUGUUCCCUUUUUAGAGUCAAAACUAGUAUAAAUAAAGCAAGUCUCUCAAAAAUAGAAUUAUUCAAGAAAUGGAAGAGAAUAGAGUUAUAGACAUAACAAGAGGUGGUAUGGAGGUGCACAGAGUUGUAUCUCCACCCCAUAGAAGCACUCUGCUGAAACUCAACAACAGGCUUAAAGAAACUUUCUUCCCUGAUGACCCUUUAAGACAAUUCAAAGGACAGACACUGAAACAAAAGCUGAUUCUUGGUGCUCAGUAUGUUUUCCCUGUACUUGAAUGGGGUCCUAAUUACAGCUUCAGCUUGUUCAAAUCUGAUAUUGUAUCUGGACUUACCAUUGCAAGUCUUGCAAUUCCUCAGGGGAUUAGCUAUGCAAAAUUGGCUAACUUACCUCCAAUUGUUGGUCUUUAUUCAAGUUUUGUACCACCUCUUGUUUAUGCUGUUCUUGGAAGUUCAAGGGAUCUUGCAGUAGGUCCAGUUUCAAUUGCAUCACUUGUUUUAGGAUCCAUGCUGAGAGAAGUGGUGUCUCCUACAAAAGAUCCAAUCUUGUUCCUUCAACUUGCUUUCUCUUCUACUUUCUUUGCUGGACUUUUUCAAGCUUCUUUAGGAUUUUUAAGACUGGGGUUUAUUAUUGAUUUUCUUUCAAAAGCAACACUGAUUGGGUUCAUGGCUGGAGCUGCUAUUAUAGUGUCACUGCAGCAACUCAAGGGUCUUCUUGGCAUCACUCAUUUUACCAAACAAAUGGCAAUAGUCCCUGUUCUAAAUUCUGUUUUCCAUACAACUAAUGAGUGGUCUUGGCAAACUAUAUUAAUGGGAUUUUGCUUCUUGGUGUUCCUCUUAUUGACCAGACACAUUGGGAUGAAAAAGCCAAAGUUAUUUUGGGUGUCAGCCGGUGCUCCUCUUCUUUCUGUCAUUAUCUCUACCCUUGUUGUCUUUGCAAUCAAAGGUCAGAAUCAUGGCAUCAGCAUUAUUGGAAAAUUACAAGAAGGAUUAAACCCUCCAUCAUGGAACAUGUUACAUUUCAGUGGAAGCUACUUGGGACUUUUAAUCAAAACUGGAAUUGUCACUGGCAUCCUUUCACUCACUGAAGGAAUUGCAGUGGGGAGGACUUUUGCUGCUUUAAAGAACUACCAAGUGGAUGGAAACAAAGAGAUGAUUGCUAUUGGGCUCAUGAACAUUGUUGGUUCCUCUACUUCCUGUUAUGUCACAACCGGUUCAUUCUCGCGGUCAGCAGUGAAUCACAAUGCAGGAAGCAAAACAGCAGUGUCUAACGUAGUAAUGGCAGUGACAGUGAUGGUGACACUCCUUUUCCUCAUGCCCCUCUUCCAAUACACUCCCAAUGUUGUGCUCGGGGCCAUCAUCGUUACUGCUGUUAUUGGCCUUAUCGACAUCCCUGCUGCUUUUCAGAUAUGGAAGAUUGAUAAAUUUGAUUUCCUAGUCUUGCUAUGUGCAUUCUUCGGUGUCAUUUUCAUUUCUGUUCAAGAUGGUCUUGCCAUUGCAAUUGGAAUAUCAAUUUUAAAGGUGUUGCUGCAAAUUACAAGGCCAAAAACAGUGAUGUUAGGGAAUAUACCUGGUACUGGAAUUUAUAGAAAUCUUGAUCAUUAUAAAGAAGCUAUGAGUGUUGCUGGUUUUCUCAUUUUAAGUAUUGAAGCUCCAAUCAACUUUGCCAAUGCUACUUAUCUUAAAGAAAGGAUUUCAAGAUGGAUACAAGACUAUGGGGAAGAGGGAGCCAAGAAACAGUCGGGGCUUAGAUUUGUGGUCCUUGAUUUGUCUGCUGUGAGUGCCAUUGAUACAAGUGGAGUCUCAUUGUUCAAGGAUUUGAAUAUGGCACUGGAAAUGAAAGGACUUGAGUUUGUAUUGGUCAAUCCAAUAGGAGAAGUACUGGAAAAACUACAGAGGGCUGAUGAAACCAAAGAUAUCAUGAGACCAAAUUGCCUUUUCUUAACAGUUGAAGAAGCAGUAGCUUCACUUUCCUCAACAAUAAAGUACCAGAUACCAGAACAUGUUUAAUAUUUCCUAUUCUAUAAGGCAUAAGCUUUGUAAUUCUAUUUGGUUCCAUCAACCUCCUCUUAGAGUCAUACUUGAAUUGUACAACCAAAACAUUAGCUAAGAAAGCAUUAUUUAUAUCAAUACAAAUAAUUUGUCUAA